GUUCAUAUGGGAAAUUGUUUAAAAAGAAACCAAACUUAGUUAUAAUAAAAUCAAUAAUGCCCUAAAUGUCUGAUGGUUUUUUUAGCAUAAUCAAGUGCUCUUUAGGUAAUUGUUUUAAAGCAAAAUAGUACUAAUAACAUGUUACAAAUUGUAGAGUUAGACAAAUUUAAAAUCCACCUGCUUAAUUAAGAAACGUUUAAGUUGGAGAUGUGGUAAUAGAGCCGAACCAUCCUCUGAAUCCCAAUCCCAAUCCUAAUCCAAAUCCAAGAACUACUGUACUAAGAUUAUUUUUAUCAUUUUAAGCCUCAUUAUAUACAGGAAGAUUUUUAGAAUAGAAAAUAAAAAUAUUAUUGGUGCAAAGAAUUAUUACCAGGGUCCAAGAUUAAAUAUAAAUGGAACAAAAAAGUAAGUCAACAUUAUUUUAACUCAGCUAUCUCCUCCAAUGCCAGCAGCUAAUGUUUCUGAAAUGCUGGCCUUGCCUUGGGUUCAAAUUAAGAAUUCUGAAUUCCCUAUCAAAUAAACUUGGUUUCGAUUAUAAUUAGAAAAAAAAAGAAUUCCAUGGUAAUAAGGAGCAGAAACUUUAUCUGUAAACAAAGAGAGUUUCUUAAUGACAACACUGAACAUGUAUAAAGAAAUCAACUGGCACAAAGAAGUUAAGGUUCAUAUUGACGGUGAUAAAGUAUUGGAUGCAGGAGGACUCCUUCGAGAAUGGGCUAAUUUAAUAAUGAAGGAGAUUAUACACCCAGAAUCAGGUAUGUUUUAAAUAGCAGAUUGCGAUGAUGUAUCUUAUAAAAUCAAUUGCGAAGCAGAUACGGAUGAACACAUAAUAGAUUGUUUUAAAUUAUUAGGAAUUGUUGUAGGUAAAUGCAUAUUUGAAAGGAUACCUUUGAAUAUUUAUUUUGAUAGAUCAAUAAUUAAGCAUAUAAUAGGCUAGCCUAUUUUUUUGGAAGACAUUUACUAUUAUGAUCGAUAAGUAUUGACAUUUAAAAUUUAGUUAUAUUAAUCUUGGGAUUUUUUAGUUAAUAAUAAAUUUGAAGCUGAUGACUUAUCAGAGUAUUUCGUUGUUUAUAGAUAAAGUAAAAGAGAUUACUAUGAAUUGAAGUUGGGAGGAUAAAACAUUCAGUUGGAUAUGGAUAAUUGUCAAGAAUACGUUAAUCUGUGGUAGAUAUAUAAGUUAACUUAGCAUUGAAUAUUAUACAUAUCUAUCAGUGAAGCCGUUUUUGACUGCUUUCUUAUCAACUUUAUAUAGUGUAUUCAAUUAGUGUUUAAUGAUUAGAUAAUUCCUAAAUAACUUCUUAGCUUACUUGAACCUUUAGAAUUAGAAAUGAUCCUCUAUGGAACGCCUUUUAUUGAUAUUAAUGAUUGGAGAGAUAAUACUGAUUAUAAAGGUGCUUAUUACAGGACUCAUUAAACGAUUUAAUGGUUUUGGGAAAUUUUGGAAUAAUUAGAUUAAUUUAAUCUUGCCAAAUUUUUAUAAUUUUGUACUGGAUCAACUCGAACACCCGUAGAGGGAUUCAGAAAACUAGAAAGCAACAGAGGAAACUGUUCUAAAUUUUGUGUCGAAAGUGUACCCUUCACUAAGGCUAGUCCUUACCCAAAAGCACAUACUUGUUUUAAUAGAUUGGAAUUACCAAUGUAUGAAACUAGAGAAGAUAUCGAAUAGCAUUUGAAAGCAGUAAUACAGGCUGAUUUGGAUGGAUAAUUUGGAAUGGAAUGA